AUGAAAGUUUUCAAUAUAUUCUUCUGUGUGGCUCUAAUUUUGGUCGCCAGUACCUCAGCCGAGGAGGAUGAUCUCGGGCAUACAAAAUGUAUGGCCGAAAAUAACAUUUCCGAUGACGAAUACAAUGAGUUAUGGAUAGAGGCCAACAGCGGUUCGUCCGACAUCGAUAAUCGUAUGAAAUGUUAUACCCACUGCAUUUUGGAAAGUUCGGGUCAUUUGGAUGAUAAUGGUAAAUUGGAUAUCGCAAAAAUGGGCCAAGAUAGGGAAAUGACAGAGAAUGAUGUGGAAAUUGCUGAAGAUUGCAGAGAUCGUUUCGAAAAUGUUGAAGAAAAAUGUGAUUAUUCGUAUCAGGUGUCGACUUGUAUUGCCCAGGCAAUGUCAAUGAAAGCCCUUUUGGGAGGUGAAUCAUCAAAUAAUCUACACUAG